AUGAGAUGCCCCUUACUAAGUAUCGGAGACAAUGCCUUCGCCCGAACUCAUUUACUGUCUAAACUACAUCUUUCUAACACUAAAUUUCAUAGAAUUCCAAGUGCUAUUCGUAACACCAAGACUUUGAAAACACUUGAAAUUGAAGACGGUCAAUUAACUGAGGUUACAACUGAACUUCAAUCAAUGUUUGAACUUGUAAACCUCUCAUUGACUCAAAACAGAAUAAGUUCACUAUUGAGCAGUGCUUUCUUGGGUGAUCUGAAACUCCAAUCAAUUAUUCUAACGAGCAAUAAGUUGAGUAGUUUAGAUAAUAAAACAUUUGAUCCGUGCCCAAGUUUACAAUUGGUUAAAUUGGACAAGAACAAUCUCAUAACAGUUGAUGGUCUAUUUCAAAAUCCAAGUUUGAUGAGCAUCAAUUUGAGCUUUAAUGCAUUGUCAACCAUACCCGAAAAUCUUUUCAACAAUUUGGAAAAUUUGAUGGUUAUUAAUCUUGAAGGCAAUUUCAUAAGGAGCAUUGGAAACUGUUUUGCUCAAAAUUAUCGUUUGGAGUACAUCAAUUUAAGUAAUAACAUGAUUAAAUCUUGCAAUAACACUUUUCACUCAUUGCAGUCAUUGAAGACUAUUGAUUUGCGAGAUAACUCCCUUUCUAGUAUAACACGAAAUCAUUUUUCAUCACUACCGUUGCUUGAAGAAUUGAUAAUCAGUCAGAAUAAUAUUUCCCAGAUUGAUUCGGAAGCAUUUUCUCAGCUGGAAGGAUUAAAAAAGAUUGAUUUGUCUCGCAACAGACUAACAACUUUGUCAAGAGAAUCGUUUCCUAGAGCCUUAAAGAUUCAACAAAUAAUUACAACUG